CACAGUCAGCCAUAACACUCCCCUGAAGGGCACCUCGAAAUCACAUGAGCAGAAAUAAUCCUAGAACUGGAGUUUGUGUCUAUUACUGCAAGAAUGGUGAAUAUCAAGACACUUUAUUUUCUCUUUCUGACUUUAAUUCAGGUUUAUUUAGCUGCUCAAGCAGAUUAUGCUCCCUUUUUCUUUGAUAAUGGACCUUACAGUAACAAUGGAAACAUGGCUUUAAUUAGUCUUUCAGAAGAUUUGCCUAUAGGUACUCAAGUGUAUAUAUUGAAUGGAACUGAUCCAGAAGGUGAUUUGGUGACAUUUGGUAUAUCUUUUGAACCAGGAAAGAAGGAAUACUUUAAGGUGGAUCCUCAAUCUGGAAAUGUAACUUUAAUAAGAGAACUUGACAGAGAGGAGGAGGAUGAAAUUGAAGUUCUUGUUAGUAUUUCUGAUGGCCAGAAUAAGGUAGUUGAAAAAAUAAGAAUAUUUGUCACAGAUACCAAUGAUGAAACACCACAUUUUGGCAACAUAUCCUUUAUAGUGGAUGUAUCGGAGGACAAACCUUCAGGAAGCAGCAUAUUCAAGUUUAAUGCAGUGGAUAAAGAUACAGGCUCUGGAGGAAGUGUCACAUAUUCACUGCAGAAUGUUCAAGCAAGUAAAUUUGCUAUUGAUAGGCACAGUGGGGUGCUUCGAAUCAAGCGAGGAGAAACAUUAGACUUUGAAAAAUCGAGGACACAUUUUGUAACGGUGAUAGCCAAGGAUGGUGGUGGGAAAUACAAAGGAAAGGAAAAAGUGCAUUCAUCUUCAACCACCAUAACGAUCAAUGUAAUUGAUGUCCAGGACACGCCACCAUUAUUCAUUGGCACACCAUAUUAUGGAUAUGUAUAUGAGGACACAUUUCCUGGAUCUGAAGUUUUUACACUUACAGCCCAUGAUGGAGACAGAGGAAACCCUAACAGUAUCAACUAUUCAAUUAUCGAUGGAAGUGAUGGGUCAUUUGUUAUAAGUAACACAAAUGGUUCUGUUAUUGUUCUUGAUGACCCCAUCCAUCUCAAGAAAGAGCUGUAUGAACUUAAAAUACAGGCUACAGAGACUGGCCCAGAUGGGAAGCUGGGAGCUCACUGCACAACAACUUUGACCAUCCGAGUAGUGGAUUUGAACAACCACCCUCCAACGUUUUAUGGAGAGAACGGACCUCAGAGCAAGUUUGAACUUAAUAUGUAUGAACAUCCACCAGAAGGAGAGAUAUUAAGAGGCCUAAAAAUUACAGUUAAUGAUUCCGAUCAGGGUGCUAAUGCUAAAUUUAACUUGAGGCUGGUGGGACCUGGUGGUAUUUUUAGAGUUGUCCCACAGACUGUACUGAAUGAAGCACAAGUUACAAUAAUAGUAGAAAAUUCAGCUGCAAUAGACUAUGAAAAGUACCAGCUUUUAGCAUUCAAGCUUCUAGCUGUUGAAAUUGAAACCCCGGAAAGGUUCAGUUCUACAGCUGAUAUUAUCAUACAUCUGCUGGACACCAACGAUAACAUUCCUAGAUUCUCCUCAGACUACUACAUUGCUAGAGUUCCUGAAAAUUCCCCUGGAGGUUCCAAUGUAGUUUCUGUGACAGCUGCUGAUCCAGACUCUGGUUUAUGGGGAGAGGUCAAGUAUUCAAUCUAUGGCUCUGGAUCCGAUUUAUUUCUUAUUCAUCCCUCAACUGGUAUCAUUUACACACAACCGUGGGCCUCACUUGAUGCUGAAGUGAAAUCAAAGUACAAUUUCUAUGUAAAGGCAGAAGAUACAGAAGGGAAGUAUAGCUUGGCAGAGGUCUUUGUCACAGUACUGGAUAUGAAUGACCACUGUCCUGAGUUUAACGACAAUAUUUUUGAAAAAACAAUGAUUAUUGGGGCACCAGUAAAAGUAGAGGCUGUAGAUUAUGAUGCAGAGGAGCCAAAUAAUGUUGUUGAAUAUUCCAUAAUGCAAACUGAUCCAGAUAAUAUUUUUGACAUAAAUGCAGCAACUGGAGAAAUCAAGCUGAAGCCUUACAUUAAAUCACUGGAUAUUGUCCAAAAUAUUACAAAACAAAAGGACUGCAAAUGGUCUGUAGUGAUUCAAGCUAAAGACAGAGGGUCACCAUCCUUUAGUACUACAGCAGUGGUGAAGAUUGAUAUCACAGAAGAGACUCGGCUCAGGGGCCCUAUGGCAGCAUUUUUAUUGCAAAGUAGAGAUAACCCUUUGAAAGCCCUAGGUGUGCUUGCUGGGGUCAUUUGCUUUAUGGUAAUCAUUACAGUCCUGAUCUCGACAGCCAUGUUCUUACGCAACAAAAAAUCCAACAGGAUCACUCCUGCCCGUCGCAUUAUCAAGAAAAGACCCAAAGACCAACACCCAAGGACAGCCAGGACAGCGUGGUUCAAGUUACGUCGUACCAGCAACCUUUCAGAGAAGUUUAUAAUUACUGAUCAUGAUCAGAACUGUGAAAACCUUAACUCCAAUAACAAUGUUGAAUUGCCAGCUCCACCUCCACCCUGUGCCCCUGUGUUGCCCCCUCCAACAAAGUACUUGGUCAACCCCAACAAAAUAGAGUUGAAUUUGCCCACUGUUUCAGGAGCUGUGGCCUCCAAAACUAACACACAGUCACUUUAUAGCAAAAAUCCCAACAUCAGCACAGCUUUAGUGUCUGAACUCAAGGUGAAGCUUGAGAAAAAAAUGAUGGAUGCCAACACAUACCAUAUUUAGAUAUCUAUUUACCGUUCAAAUUUUACAGGUUUCUAAAAAUAAAGUCAACAGCUGUCAGCUUUGUUAAUGUCCUUCAGUUUGCAAAUGUGAACAUUGCCCUUGUGCUUACUUUACAUUUUUAAAAUCUAUUUCAAUGCAAACAAGCUGCAGCAAGAUUGGGAUCUUUAGGACAACUUGUCUUGUGGAGUGUGGUUGAUUUUCAACUAAAGAAAUGUAUGAUAAAUCUAAUUAGCCUUAUACAGUAUGAACAAUACACUGUGUUAACUGAAUUUCUGCUCAUGCUGUUCAUUCAGCAUUGAUUUGUCGGUUUGACACUGACUUGGCUCCUGGAAACUAACUGUAUUUUUGGAAGAAUACAGAUUGAAAUAUUUUGUAAAAUUAUUUUGAACAAUGCUACAUAUUCCUUCAAAAUUUUAUCAGUAACUACAUGAGUGAACCAAUUUGUAUGGCAAACAUCCUGAAAUAUAAAGAAAAUUGCCUGCAUCUUGAACCAAGUAGAGUAAUUUUUUUCCUGUCAAAUAUUUUUGCAUACUAGGACCAAAGAGAAAAAUACACUUCUGGCUUUUAUUCUUUAUAAGCUUUAAUAUUAAA